AGGGGGCCGACCCCGCCCGUCCUCCCGCCGGCUCCGCGCUCGGCUCCAGACUUCGGCAUUUCCUCCCCGCUUCGCUGGCGCGGCCUCGCCUCCCCUCGGAAGAGGAAGCUCCCGGGGUCCGAGUAACGGGAACGAGCGCGGAGGGGAGCGGCAGGAGCGCCGGCAGGGCCGCCCAGGGUAGGAGGCGAGCCGGGCCGGGCCAGAAGCUGGCCGAGGGCGGCGAGCCGGGGCGCCGGGCGGGGAGGGCGGCCCCGCGGGGCGCAGCGCGCAGCCGGCGCAGGGUGCGGCCCGGGGCCCGGGAGUGCAGGGCGGGCCGCAGCUGGAAGGAACACUUGAGCUGGGAGAGGAGGCCGAGCUGGAGGGCGGCUGCCCCCGGCCCUGCGAGGGGGGAGCCGCCGCCGAGGCGAAGGAGACGGGGACAGAAGGGCCGCCCGCGCGCAGCGCGCAUGCUGGGCCGGGGGCUCCGCCGGGGCUCGCGCCCUGGGCUGCUCGGCCACCGCGGCCCCGGGCGCCCGGCAUGUCGGUGCACUACACCCUCAAUCUGCGCGUCUUCUGGCCCCUGGUGACUGGCCUGUGCACCGCCCUCGUGUGCCUCUACCACGUCCUGCGGGGAAGCGGGGGUGCGCGAGCCGAGGCCCCCGACGGCGCGGACGGCGGCUUCCCGCUGCUCAAAGCGGCCGCCCUGCUCCUCCUCGGCUAUGUCCUCCUGCGCUGUCGCCACGCUGUCCGGCAGCGCUUCCUGCCCGCAUCUCCCCGUCUGGGGGGCCACUCCGCCUUCUCGCCAAGACCCUUGCGAGAGCCGGGCCUCAGCAUCUUGCUGGAGAGUUACUACGAGCACGAGGUACGCCUGUCUCCGCACGUGCUGGGCCACAGCAAGGCGCACGUGAGCCGGAUCGUGGGUGAACUGGUGCGGGCUGGCCGCGCCCGGGGGUCCCCAGGCCCCAUCCCAGGGGGAGCGCUGGCCUUGGCCUUCCGCGGAGACUUCAUCCAGGUGGGCAGCGCCUACGAGCAGCAUAAAAUCCGCCGGCCCGACGGCUUCGACGUGCUGGUGCCGCUGCGCCUCCCGCCACUGGUGGCGCUGGAGCCGCGGAGCCUGGGCGCCGAGCCAGCGCUGGCUGCCGCGUUCAGCGCCUGCUUCGUUUGCGCCCUCAAGGCACCACCCUCGCCGUCACCGUCGGGGGCCUCAGGGGGCCACUGGCUCAGGGAAUGCAAACCCUUCGCUGAUGGCUUCUGCGUGGAUGUGCGCGGGAGGCGCCACCUCUCUGCCACUCUGGUGCUGCGCUGGUUCCAGUCGCACUUGCAGCGCUCCUUGGCCACGGUGCGCUACAGUCUGGAGGGGCGCUGUCGGGUCAGUCUGACCCCAGGUGGUCUGGAGCAGCCUCCCACUCUACACAUCCUGCCCUGCCGCACAGACUACGGCUGCUGCCGCCUUUCCAUGGCGGUGCGUCUCAUCCCUGCCGUCCAUCUGGGAGACGGAGCCUUCCUUGUGGCGCCACCACCGCAACCUUUGCCCAUUGGGCCCCUGUCGGAGUUCCCGGAGGGCCUGCGCACCGAGGCACUGUGGGGUGUGAACACAGCACGCCAGGAGCAGAAGCUACUGAGCUGGCUGCAGGAACGGGCGCCUCCAGGUGCCUGCUACCUCAAGUGCCUGCAGUUGCUUAAGGCUCUGCGAGACCUGGGUGCCCGUGGGCUGGAUUCAACGGCUGCCACCCAGUGGGGACGCAUCCUGUCCUCAUAUGUGCUCAAGACAGUGCUGCUGGCGGUGCUGCUGCGCAAGGGGUCCCCUGCACAAGGCUGGGACGAGGCACAUCUGGGCGAGUGCUUGGAGGAAUUGGUGCAGUUCCUCAGGGACUGCCUGUUGCGACGUCAUACGCUCUUCCACUGCGUCCUGGGCCCUGGUGGGGCUGCCGCCGAGGUGGGCCCCCUGCCCAAGGUACUGCGCGAAGCCACCCCGGUUGACCUCCUGGCCGCUUUUGACGGGCACUCCCGGGAACUUGCAGCAGCGCGGUUGCUGUCCACGUGGCGAAGGCUACCCCAGCUUCUCCGGGCCUACGGGGGUCCACGCUACCUUGCCAGGUGCCCCCCACCCCGCAGUCAGCGCACCCAGGGGUUCCCUGAAGGGGAACCAUAAACCCUGCAGCACCCCCACUUGGCCAAAUGCUCCUAAAUCCUCUCCCACUGAGUGGGUGAGGGGAUGGCAAUGAAGCCAGUUAAAUGCAAGAUUGCAGAAGGCAUUAGAAAAUUUGGAAGAUGCCACAAGCUUUGGUGGCUUAAAUGUCACCCCCGGCUGACAAUCCUGUAUACUUAUGGCAUCUUCUUCACACCCACUAGUGUGUCCUGGGCAAGCUAUGGAAAACUCUGGAAAGGCUAUGGACAAUCAAUGCUAUGGACCAAUCUACAAGUUGGUCCAAAUGUUAGUUUGUGUGGAAUGAUUCUGUAGAAGUAUCUAGCUUUUGGGCAAGUCCAGUGGAGGAAGCAAAAACUAGCCACAGGGAAAGUUCCUUCUCUCAGUUUUUAGACACAGAUCUCUCUGUCCCAAAAUUUUUAAAAAACGAAUGUUUUUGACUUAACUACGUGCAAGGUACUAGGUUCCAGAUUGUCUUUAAAAAAAAACAAAACUGAAUCUUUAUCCUUUAUCCACAACUGGAAUUAAGCUUAUAAUCUAGGGGUUAAUGUUCUGAGGAACAUAAUUUCCACUAUUCAAAUUAAUAUUAAUGUAUUUUUCAAAUGGUGCAAUCACAGGUGUUUGACAGGAUUGUCAAAAAUUAAGUCACAGGUGGCGAGAGGCAAUCAAGAGUCGGUUAGAAACACUUCCAGAGCAAAUAGCACUUUAUUUUGAUCAAUUCUCUCCUUUUGUGGUAAUUGCUAGCACCAAGUGUUGCAUCUGAAAGGGAGGCCAGUUACAUUUAUUAUUAAGAAAUUUGCAGCCUUGAAAAACAGCCAACAUGCAUGCUUAACAUCCCUGCAGGCAGAAGCUAAGCUAUAUACCCAUCAGUCAACACCAGUUCAUUGAGUGCCUACUGUGUAUGAGCCAGGCACGGUGCAAAGUAGCCUUAAAAUGCAUAUUCAAGACAGCACUGGGUGAGGGCAUAAAACAUGUUAGGUCUGGAGAAAGAUGUGUUUUAGGCUUUGCCUAUAAAGGUGUUUCUCCAGGGCUUCCUGCUGGCUGGAGAAACCUUUUUUGUUUGAAGGCUUUUUAGCAAACUCCUUUGCAAAGAGAUUUCUUUCUGAACUUAAUGAGCUAAUAAUGAAAAGGAAAUGCCUGCUGCAGUGCCUAGCAUGUAGUUAGUGCUCUCAAUCAAUGCUAGUGAUGAUUAGUGUUUGGAAGGUUCUUCUCCCUUGCCCAGGAAGCCUCCUGUGGUCCCAUGAGGCUAACUUUGAGCUGUUGACUCAGCACAGGUCUUAAAAAACAUUUCACUUAGAGUUCAGUGUCUUGGGCUUUAUGCUUGCAGAUAGUUACUCUGUGGUCAGUGGGCAGAGGAGACAGCCCUCGCUGGCAGUCUGCUCUUUUUUUCUCUUUGGGCAUAAAUAUCACCGGGUUGGGUAUAUUUUGUAGCCAGCAGGAGUCCAUUCUGGAAUCUUUCCUGUCAUCCCAAAUUUCUAACGGCCCUCAAUUGCAGUUCAGAAUGGUCUGUCAUCUGCUUGCCUGAUUGGAAAUGCAGCCAAUCCUGGUAUUAUUGGGAUUUAAAAAAAGAAACAAAAAACAAAGACAUGUACUUCCUUAGACUCAAAAUAGUAUAACGUGGAAGACAGAAAUAGCUAUGUCAAUAGGGCCAUUGUUUAAUUUCUGAGCUUCUUUGAAAGAACUCCAUAAAUCUUUCUUUGGGGGCCUCAUUUGGUCACUGUGGGAAAUCAUUGUGAAUAAGUGAUUUACAGGGAAUCCUUCUCACCAGAGCUGCGUAGACUUCUUAUAUAUAUCCUUUGCAACCUUAGGCUGAAAGAGAAACAGCUGCAAAUGUGCUGUUUCUUUGUGGUCCUCUUGGGGACAGUUCCCCACAAAGGUCAUUCCUAGCUUUAGAGGUCAAUGUUAGGUCAUAAGGUACUACACUGAGCUAUGGGAUCAGUCCAGCAACUUCCUGCUUAGAAACUGCACACUAUUUUUUUAAAUUAGUUUUUAAAGUAAAUGCCAAGAAUAGAUUUUUUUAUGUAUGCAUAUAUAUAUAUUUUUUCCAUACUUAGCCACAAUUUCCCUUGUACUCAUUGGAGUGGGGGACAGUGAGGCUAUUGGAGGGAUCAUAAAGCUUUAAAAGCUGAGUUUUCCAAAUAUUUCUAGCUGAGUCAGUGAGUUCCUUUUUUAAAAAAUAGUAUUUUGAAGUAUAAGUCUGGUAACAUACUGUUCUUGUAGUUUUCUUGUUUUUUUUUUUUUUUUUAGGUUAAUUACCCAAAGCCUCGUCCAUCCUCAAGGUUUUUAAAUUUUAUUUUUUUAAUGGGGCAUUGUAUUUGUGAAUUUUAAAAAUAUUAAUGUUUUAUUUAAAUGCCAUGCUGAGCAAUUGUUCUCUGUACAUGGUAACCAAAACUUAGAGAUUUCGAUCAAUUUUGAUCAAUGUUUAGUAAGCCAAAACCUGUACUGUGUACAUAUGAAAGAAUACGGCGCAUUAGCCAGGUGUGAUGGUUGCCCAAGGCACUUAAGCUCACUUCUGUAUUUUAUUUGGGCUCCGUCAUGUCCUUUCAUGGGAAAUGUACACAUUUUUGGUGUAUGCCUGGUACUGGAGAUUCAUACAUGCAAAUAUUCUCAUACAAGAAGGCACAACAACCAC